AUGCAGGAUUACUUAUUGAGACAACUGGUAGAAGAUCAUAAAAUGGAUGAAAAGGAAAAAGGUGAACAAAUGGCCUAUUUGGAAACGAAAGAACAUGAGACAGAAAGAUUGAGAACGGAAAGUGAUGAAUGGAUAGAAAACGAUAUGUUAAAUGACAAGGAGAAAGAAGAAUUUGGAAAACAGGAAAUACAGGAACAAAUGAAAGAAUUGGAAAAAAAGAGUAUUAAAUAA